UUUCAACCAGUAGCAAUUCGACAAGAAGUUCAAAAAAUCGGAAGAGUGCGCAAAAAGUUCCUUUAGUUUCUUUCGGCUCAUUGCGAGCUGAGAGACCUUCAGACGAAGCUACUGAUACGGAUGGUGGUGAACGAGAAAGGAGAAAGAGGUUCAACAAAAAGAAAUUUGAAAAUGAAGCAAGAACCACGAGUGACGAAAUAAGCGAAUCCGAAACAAGUGCUGUUGAACAAGGAAUUUCAAAGAGCUCCAGCAGAGAGAAAUCUGAAAAAAUAACAAAAAGAAGUCAUCCUAUCAAAACUAGGAUUCGAUUUAAUGAAACCAAAGAUACUCAUGAAAAUUCUGUACGAGAAACAAACUUUAAUGAGAGGAAUGAUUCAAGAACGUAUCCCACAACUAGAACAACGACUGGAUUGAUAGUCAACGAUACCGAAGAGAAUAUUGUUAAGCAUGCUAAGUCAACAAACUCUAGCAAAAGACAGCA